AUGGGUGCCGUUCUCGCAAUCCCAGCACUGUUGCUGCCAUCUGCAGCGACACUAUGGUCGGUCGGAGCCUCAUGCUGUGGUGCGGCGUCAUGCUCCAUGCUCUGUGGACCUUGUGGCAUGUCCAAGUUUCGGUCAUCAAUUGCUACAAGAAUCGCAUACGCCAUGAUUCUCCUGGUUAACAGCAUUCUGGCGUGGGUAAUGCUCACCCCAUGGGCGAUAAGAAAACUUGAACACCUUACACUCGAUUACAUGAACUUCAAGUGCGGCUCAAAUGAAUGCUACGGCUAUUUCGCUGUUCAGAGAAUCAACUUCGCCCUCGGUCUUUUCCACUUUAUCCUCUCCGUUCUCCUCGCCGGUGUACGGAGCACCAAAGAUACUCGAGCAGGUCUACAAAAUGGCUUCUGGGGUCCAAAGAUACUGGUGUGGCUCGCAUUUAUUGUGAUAUCCUUCUUGAUCCCGGAAGGAUUCUUCCUCUUCUGGGGCAACUACGUCGCCUAUAUUGGAGCCAUGCUCUUCGUCCUACUAGGUCUGGUUCUUCUCGUCGACCUUGCACACGGUUGGGCCGAACUCUGUCAGGACAAGAUCGAUGACGGUGACGGUCAGAAUUAUCGACUAUGGCAAUUGCUGCUUAUGGGCUCCAGCCUGAGUAUGUACUUGGCCGCAUUUGCUAUGACAAUAGUCAUGUACAUCUUCUUCGCCAGCAGCGGAUGUAGCAUGAACAUCACGGCAAUCACGAUCAACUUGAUCAUGAUCUUUGUUGUCACAUUCCUCAGUGUCCAGCCCUCUAUCCAGGAAGCAAACCCGAAAGCAGGACUGGCUCAGUCUGCCAUGGUGGCGGCCUACUGCACCUAUCUGACUUUCUCGGCGGUGUGCAUGGAACCUGAUGACAAAAACUGCAACCCGCUCAUUCGAGCUCGUGGUGCACGAACUACCACUGUUGUGGUCGGAGCGAUUGUGACAAUGCUUACGAUUGCGUACACAACUACGCGGGCAGCUACACAAGGAUUCGCGAUCGGUACGAACAAUAAAAACAAAUAUUCUCAAGUCUCCCAAGAUGAAUAUGAGCACGGUCUUGUCACUCAGCAGCCUGCAUCUCGUCGGGAAAUCAUGAGGGCAGCCGUUGAGAGUGGAGCGCUUCCUGCCUCGGCUUUGGAUGAAGAUUCUGACGACGAAGACGACACAACUGUGAGCUCGAAAGAUGAUGAACGCCAAGGCACUCAAUACAAUUACAGCCUGUUCCAUGUCAUCUUCCUCAUGGCGACAUGCUGGGUGGCUACAUUGUUGACGCAGAAGAUGGAUCCUGAGAAUUCGAGUGACUUUACUCCUGUUGGUCGAACAUACUGGGCAAGUUGGAUCAAGAUUAUCAGUGCUUGGGUGUGCUAUGCGAUUUACAGCUGGACUCUUGUUGCACCGGUUGUUUUGGAAGGUCGAGAGUUCUCAUGA